CUAAGAGCAGCUGAGCACAUACUACUGUAUUUAAUAGAAUCCCUUCAAAUCUCUAGAUUAGACCAUGGCUUUUAAACUCCCAUUCCGGGAAGACUUUGAAAGUUGGACAACUUCACAAGUUGCAGAUCUUUUUAAGCAGUGUGGAAUCCAGGAAUGUAUAGGAGUGCUGGAGAAAUUGGGAUUAAAUGGCUACACCUUUUUGAACAUGACAACUGAUGAGCUGAAUAAGUUCAACAUACUUUACCAACCGCAGCUCCAGAGAAUUGUCAGUGACAUAAAGAAAAAUGAAUCCGGGCUAUUUAAAAAAAUCAAGAAGUUCCAAAAUGAUCAGGUGGCGUUAAUUUGUAAAACUGGGAAAGAUACAUGGGAUCGUAUGAAAAGCAAGCCAACUCCACCGACUGUCCCAAAAAGAGACUACCAGACAGGUCCACCAAAUGGAGACGAUGACGAAUGGGGCGAUGACUUUGGAAGUGACUAUGACAGCCCCGAUGAGCACUCUGAUACAGAACAGUAUGUCGUGCCCACAGAGGAGGCUGACGAUAGCAGCUAUGAACCUCCACCCAAUGACAAGCAUGUGACGCCAUCUUUUAAGGUCAUGAUGGCGAAUAAUGGAUAUGCAGAUAAACAAAAAACAGAACCAAUGAACAUGCAUAUGAGGCCACCACCCAAACCACAUGAGCUAUUUUCAAGGCACCAGCAGCCUCCACCACCAGUUACCAAUCGACUGCCUACAGCAAACAAACCACUGCCGAAGCCCAGACAUCCCCCUACAUCAAUGCCACCACCAGUCUUAAGAAAACCAGCAAGCAUACCACCACAACCGGACUGUGAUGACGAGGAAAACUACAUUGUACCAGAAUCGGAAAGUUAUAUUGAACCGACCAAGGAACCCGUGAAAAAACCUCCAGCAGUGAACAGACAGACCAAACCCAUGCCCCAGACUCCUAUAAGGUCUCCCACCAUGCAACCACCUGAAACAGAAGAUGAGCUGUAUGUAGUCCCGGAAAAUGAGACAACUCCUUCUCCACCUAAAAGGGGACUGCUCCCUAAAGUAACUUCUCCAUCAUAUUUGGAUCAGGACGAAUAUGAAGUAUGUGAAGAUUUACCAGAAAUACCCUUUAAACCCAAGCCUUCACCUUCUCCCCGAAAUGUAAGGCCUAAACCACCUACAAACUUUCUACAGAAACCGAACAUGGUGCCGGUUUUACCCCAAAGGGAAAUUAAUAGCAAUAUUGACAAGCCCCAAGUUAUGCAACGCCAAAGAAUACAUAGUGCAGGAAAUGAGCCUCCACCGGUGCCACCAAUGCCGCAUAAGUUACCAUUACCUCUCCAUAAACCCAAUGUAAUAACAAUACAAAAACCUCCUGAGGUUUCAACGCGUUAUAUACCUGGCCCAAGUCGUCAUGGCAGUACAGUGGAACAAGAUGCUGAUGUCCUCAAUAAAGAGUGGUAUGUUUCAUCAUGUGACCGACGCAAAGCAGAAGAUGCUCUGACUGCUACUUCCAAGGACGGGUCUUUCCUUGUGAGAAAAAGCAGUGGACAAGACUCCAAGCAGCCCUUCACCCUUGUAGUAUUUUACAACAGGAGAGUGUAUAACAUUCCAGUGCGAUACAUUGAAGCUACACGACAGUAUGCUCUGGGGAGAGAGAAGAGCGGAGAAGAGAAAUUUCACAGCGUCGCAGAAAUUAUUGAAAAUCACCGGCAGACUCCUCUGGUACUAAUUGACAGCCAAAACAACACAAAAGACUCAACAAGGUUAAAACAGGGUGUUAGAAUUUCUUAAGCUAUUUGCAGAACUGUUACGUCACAGAGGAAACUUUAUAUGUCGACAAGAGAAGCCUCAAAGGAUUUGUGAAACUGGAAAUAUGCCAAAACGGCCCCUUGAUUCGUGUAUAUAUAUAUAUAUAUAUGUAUUUGUCCAAGAGCAAGGGCGGUUGACCUAGAUUUCUGUAUAUACGUUUUCUAACAUAUUCCUUUUGUGCGCACAAUAAAU